CCUCAUCUAAACGCAGUAAUGUACACCAAAAAAAAAAACAAGUUUUCAGAUUGAAUAGCGGACAAACAUCUGCUGUCCUAUACGUUCGUAUAGGUACCGACUGAGACAUGUGUUAGGCACAGUCUCUUAGAUUACACCUGGCAGUGGCGACGGCGGCAGCUGCUUCGGGACACCCGUCACGAUCGAGGUCUUCGCUGCUGGGUGCGUACCUAUACCCGAAAACCCGGAUCAGUUCUUAUCGAACCGCGGAACCGUCAUCACCUAGUCAUCGUUAGUGUGCCAGUGCCCGUGUUUGUAUAUGUGUGCCACCUAAAGUCGCGUCAUGUUCUCCUGUAAGUCCAGGUACGCUUGUGGUAAGGCUACCACCGGUGGACCGUACAGCGAUAGCGAUGAAGACAGUAGUUACGGAUUCAAAGCUCGAUCGUCCAGGACUCGAGCCUCAAUGUCCGCUGUUAUCCAACGGGACGAUCCUGAAGACUAUCACAUUUACGGUAACUUGACGUUUGGUUACAAACCAAUAUUGAAGACUAGAUUAUCCAGUGCCAAUAGCUCUAUGCGUCGACGCAUGCCCGUCAAACGAACCGUAAGCUUUUCCGGCGUUGAAUCGCCUGAACCCUACAGACGGCGAUGGAACGUCCGACCACCACCACCCAGUUAUAAUGUUGCCGUCCGACGAGCCGCUAGUUUUUCAGCAACCAGACGUAACGUCGCUGAAAUCGUGGCUAAAUCUAGCCAGAGACAGCGAAUGCCCUUACCACAUGAACAGUGUUAUGUCAUGUCACCACCUCCACUUGCGCCUACACAUUCAAACUGCUCCAACAGCCAACAAGUUGUUGUAGACGUUCAUAAGUCACCGUUACAGCGUAGACCAUCUUUCAUAGCCUCUGGUUUGAAUACCAGUAUUAGCCCUUCAAAACCAGUCGAAGAUGGCCCAGUAAAAACACCACCCCUACCUACAGAUAUUGCUGGACAACGUAUGGACUCGUAUCGAUUCUCCAUGGCUAAUUUAGAAGAUACACAAGAUGUGGACUUAGAUGCCGUAUUGGGUGAAUUAUGUGCAUUAGAGUCACAGUACCAGAGCACGACCAGUUUGAUGGAAUCCGAAAAAAUAAUGGAUGCAAAUUCAAUGAACAGGAUGCUGUCGAACUCGAAUCAAACGGGACCAGUGGUCAGAACUGACAGUCCGGAUAACGAUUCCGCAUUUUCGGAUUGCGUGUCCCUUUUGUCGAGCAGCGAGAGUUCGGCUUCGAGUGGCACGACCAACCAUUCGGUCAAUAAGGAAAAUUCCAAAGCCGAAAAAAUCCGUCUGGCUCUACAAAAAAUGAAAGAAGCCAGCGUAAAAAAAUUGUUCAUAAAAGUUUUCAAUGACGACGGUGGUGCCAAAUCACUGUUAGUGGAUGAAGGUAUGCGUUGUAGUUACGUUAUGCGUUUAUUGGCCGAAAAACACCAUAUAAAUCUCGGACCGCGCUGGGGGCUUGUUGAACAUCUGCCGGACCUACACAUGGAGCGCGUAUACGAAGAACACGAGUUGCUCGUAGAUAACUUAAUGUUGUGGACUAGAGAUUCAAAAAAUCGUUUGUUAUUCGUUGAAAGACCCGAAAGGACUCAAAUAUUUGAAAAUCCUUCACUGUUCAACUCUUCUGAACAACAAAAGUCGCCUAUCCACGUGAAUGCAAAUUUUGCUCAAGAAUAUUUUUGUAACGGUGGAUUACCAAGUAUUGAAGGUCCUUUAUACAUCAAGACAGAUUCCAGAAAAGGCUGGAAAAAAUAUUACAGUGUUCUUCGAGCAUCUGGACUAUAUUACUACAAGGAUAAGGUUUCGCGAUUGCCGAAAGAUCUCAUUUGCUUGUCCACCUUCGAUGUUAACCAAGUGUACUAUGGUGUUGGCUGGAAAAAGAAGUAUAAGGCUCCAACUGAAUUUUGUUUUGCCAUUAAGCAUCCUUGUCUUCAGCAACCUAAGUCCACUAAAUACAUCAAGUAUGUGUGUGCUGAAGAUGAAGCUACACUACAGCGUUGGAUGUCAGCUAUAAGGAUAGUCAAAUAUGGUCAACAGCUGUUAGAUAAUUAUGAAUCUGCCCUUACCGAAAACCAUUCCAUAAUGCGGAAUACAGACAUUGAAGACAUUGAAAGUGGCCUGUCAGAUUCUGGUUCUUCUGGUUGUGAUGUAGCUUUUGAGUCUGAUUACCCACCUUGUGGUACUAUCAAACGUAAACCUCCUAAACUACCUUUAACCGCUACUACUAGGCAGCUAACUUGCUCAUUAGACACUGCUGCAUCUCCAUCUUCUCCAGCUAAUCAUCAUCGUAGUAGUUUGACAUCAGCUCUUAGUAAUACUUCUACCAAUUCAGGGUCAUCAAACAAAACCAUUCAAAAACCUGUCAAGACAGUUAAAUUUGCUGAUCGGACACCUAGCCUUGAAUCUUUGCCUCCUCCCCCACCUGAACUAUUAGUUGAUGAUGAAGACGAACCUAAUGAUCAAGAGAUCAUGAGUGUACCUCCACCUCCACCUAAGUUGUUAUCACCACCAAGUACAGCAUUUUUGGCUGAUCUUCAUCGUGUUGUGUGUAAAAAAUGGCAAGUAGCUCAAAAAUGCAAGUCUGACACAAUGACCACUCCUCAUGAAGUUCUUGGCUUCAGAGAUCCCAAUGGUGGCCAACAGUAUAGCCGUGAGGCUAAUGUUAGCAAUUGGGUUGCUGAACACUAUGGACCUAAUAAUUUAUAUGAAAAUAUAUACCCAAAAAAUAGCCCUUCAGUAAACUACGUUCCUGUUUCUAAUAAUGCAAAUCAACUUAAAAAGAGACCUCCCCCACCACCACCACCUAGGUCUGAAAAAACCCAAUUAUCAAGGGUGGCACUAUAACUGCUACACACAUACCAUAACCUUUAAAGCUUUAAAAUUGUGUAUCAUUAUUUUAUUAAUUAUGGAUGAAUAGUUUUGUACAAAAGUAAUAUCCGUAGGAUACUUAAUAUUUUGUACAAUUAGGAACAUAGAAUAAUUCUAUUAUAUUUGUUUAGUGUUAUUGCUUGAUUUUAUGAUAUUAGGUACUGCUGUUUAUUAUUAUUAUUUGUUCUUAAAAAAAUUGUUCAUUAUUAUAGCUUAUUAUAAUUUUUAUUUAGAAAGCUUCUAUUAUAAUGGGUAAUGCUAACACCUGAUUGUAAACUAAUUCAUAAGACGAUCAAUAUUAUUCAUUUUUGUUUUAAAUAAUCUAGUGUAUUUUACAACUAUAAAUUGAUACUAUUGUUCGCUUAGGCGAUACUGGCAAAACCAUCGCAUACAUUUUAUUGUUUAGAAAUAAUAAUAUGUUACUAAAAGACUGUAUUUUUGUGUUGAUGUUAAAAUUGUUUAUAUAUAGUAUAUAAUUAUUAUAAUAACGGUAUUAAUUUAAUAUUACAAUUCUGACGAUGUUAUGAUAUUUGUUGCAAUUAUAUCGUGAUUGGUGCUUUUUUUUUAUACAAAUAAAAUAAGCCAA